AUGGAAAUAGACGGUGACACAUCAGCUCUUUUGUUCACAAUGAUUAAUUAUGCUUUGAUAAAUGACACACACUCAUAUUGGGAUAUUAAAACAUCAAAGAUGGCUUCCCUUCUCAUCUUGAUUGUGCUAGAACAGUCCCCGGUUUCGCCAAUUCAACCCACCGCAUCUCAGACUUACCAUUCCUUGAUGUUUUUCGACCUGGCAUCACUACACAUUCAUCCUUGUCACCAUUUUAUCAUCUAUGAGUUACCACUCUCUAAAGACGGUACUAGAAACCCCCAAAUUCGUUACAUAGAAGGUGACGCUGUCUCAGUCAUGAUUCCAGAGAGCAAUAUGGAUUUCAACAAUCUAGUUAGAAAUAAUCCUAAAGCAUGUGAUAAGUUUUAUCCAUUUAUACCUCUACUUGGAAAAGCUGAAAAGGUAUAUGAUUAUGUUAUAAUCCCGUUAUUCUCCAUUCAAGUGACAUGUUUCCCUAAUAGUGGUUUCUCCAUUGGAACAACCAAUCACCAUGGGCUUGGAGAUGCAAGCAAACAUUUUUUUGAGGCGUGGACUUCAAUUGCAAGAUCUGGAUCGAAUGAAUUAUUUCUAGCUAAUGGAACUUUUCCAUUCUAUGAUAGAGUAAUCAACCACCCAACCUUAGAUGAAGUAUAUCCGAAGAAAGCAAAAGUCGACACGUUCAGUGAAAAGUAUCAGCCUCGAUGCUUUUCUGGACUAAGUGAUAAUGUUCGGACCAUGUUGGCGCUAACCUCACCUUGGAACCCAACAACUCUAGAAGCUCGUCCAUUCCACUGA